UUCACGCGACUCGGCAAAUCCCCGGCCUAUCGAGCUUCACCACCGCCAGCGGCAUCGCCGGUUCAUUGACUUUACAAUAUAUAGGCAUCAUUCUCUCCAAUGAUCCGGUAGCAUUCAAAAGGAAUCACGCCGAGACUACGACAGACACAAUCACCAUGCCGCAGUCGUGUAAAGACAUCCGCGCGGCGCUGGCUUUCUGCCUACAGAACUCAGACUGUAUCAUGGUCGAACGCAAUUCUCCCAUCGAUUGCCUCACACCUCCGCUCAAGUACACACUCCCAACCCAAUGCCAGCAACUCCAAAAAGGCUACGCCGAAUGCAAGCGCGGCAUGAUCGACAUGCGUAAACGAUUCCGAGGCAACAGACCUAUAAGUGUGCAAGGGCAACUGGAAACGGGCACAUUUGGCGAAGGCAGGAGUAUGGAGGAUGAAAAAGCCGGCACCAUGGAAGAAAAAGGCUAUAUGCUUUAUGCUGGAAGACCUUACAAGACCGUCUCCGAAAGCAAGCCAGAUUCCAAUGAGAACGGAAGCGAGGAGAAGUAG